CGAGCGAACACGUCGAUACUGCAUUCAGACAAUCCUCUUCCAUCCCAGUCGCCGUCUGUGUCAACCAUGAACGUCUUCCGGUUGUUUGGCGACCUGUCUCACUUGGCUUCGAUUUUCAUACUUUUGCAUAAAAUACGGACCACCCGCUCGUGUCGAGGUAUAUCAUUCAAAACUCAAGCACUCUAUGUCGGCAUAUUUGUCACACGUUAUCUUGACCUCUUGUACCGCUGGGUCUCCAUCUACAACUUUGUGAUGAAGGUGUUCUUCAUUGCCAGCAGCUGCUACAUCCUCUACCUCAUGCGAUAUCGCUUUCGACCGACCCACGAUCCCUCUAUAGACACCUUCCGCAUCGAGUACCUCUUAGGACCAUGUGUCCUCCUCUCUUUCAUCUUCAACUACAAGUUUUCUUUCACGGAAAUCCUAUGGUCGUUCUCCAUCUUCCUCGAGUCCGUAGCGAUCCUUCCUCAGUUGUUCAUGUUGCAACGGACAGGCGAGGCUGAGACGAUCACAACCCACUACUUGGCUGCAUUGGGCAUUUACCGUGCAUUGUACAUUCCUAAUUGGAUAUACCGCUACUUUACAGACGGCGUUGUCGAUCCCAUAGCCGUGACAGCUGGAAUAGUUCAAACUGGGCUCUACCUUGACUUCUUCUAUGUAUAUUUCACAAAGGUAUUACAGGGCCAGAAGUUUGAGCUGCCGGCAUAAUUUAUGAGCUUUCACGGAAGGAUGUGGGGGUGGCGAAUUAUGUGGAGUGAGUGUCUCAUGGACCGGCGACUGGCUCACUUGCGCUUUGAGACCAUCUCUUCAUAUUCUCUACUUUUCCAGUCUGGUCGGGAAAAUUAAUAACGACGUUGUAAUCUGUCAUAUAUCAGGGUCUCAGAGCACCGAUCGUCGCAAGUUCACAUUGAGCUUGCCUGUAUGGUGCCAACAAUCAACAUGGUCCGAUCUUGGGCCAGAACAAAGUCCUUUAGAAGAGUAUAUAUAUAAAAACUACAGGUUUGCAGAUCUUUUCGGAGACCUGACGUUCAGACCGCUGCAUACUUGACGGCCCAAUAGAUGUAGCUAGCUGUACGCUAUAAACAGACUAUUCGUAGGAGAAUAUUUAUGAGACUCGUGAGU